AUGAUGGAUAAUCAGGCUGUAAAAUCACUUCUAGAAAUGGGUAUUCCACACGAAGUGGCUGUGGAGGCCCUCCAGAGAACUGGUGGAAACUUAGAGGCUGCAGUUAACUUCAUCUUUUCGAAUGAGCUGCCAGAUCAAGGUAGUAUGAGUACUGAGAAUAACGUCGAGCUGCCUAGGAUUUCUGAGAACAGAAUAAUGGCUGGCAAUUCUUAUGAUGUUCCGAAUAACGGGGAACAGGACGUUGAUAUGCCAGAUGUUGGUGGUGUCGAUGUUGACUAUGAUGAUGAUGAAGAUAUAACAGAUGACCGUAGCGGUUCUAAUAGCACGAAUGAGUACAGACGUGCUGCUCAGGAGUACGACCAUUACUCUGUAUCGGAGACAUCUAUACCUCCUCCUUCUUAUAAUAUAGUACAACACAACGAGUUCAAGUCAACCAUGGACGACCCCACAGUUGUAUUGCCGUUACCUUUAAAUUCGUUAAUCGAGAGUUAUUUUGGGCUGUUUGCACUGCUUGUGUCGGUUUAUUUCCCACACGUCUUUUUGAAACCGGACUUCCAGGACUUGAACUUUAGGCCGGACUGGUUCAAGGGCACAUCAUUCACGGAGCCUAAGUACCGCAUUGCCUACCGCGAGGCGGAUGAUGGUUCUACCACAUCAGAUAUUGUGCUAGCCAGUGGUCCAAGUGAUGAGUUACAACCACACCUGCUGUGGCAGUUGCAGAAACUUAUCUCAGUGGUUAAUACACGGAUGUGUGAAAGAGCAUUUGUCUCGGCCAAGCUGUUUACGUUGUCGUUAGAACCGCAAUUAAAGUCCAAGUUGGCCAAUUCUGAGCACCUCUACGAAGUGCUCCCCGCAUUCAUCAAGUCAUUAGCCGUGGAUCUAGAAAUGUGUCCAGGAAUUAGAGACCAAGAGACAAGAAAUCUGUUUAUAUCUUCUGCCCUUCACACGCCGAACAAAAAUGAGCCUCCGAUGGAGACUUUCUUGUCUCUUUUCCAUUUCCUCCCUGAGGAGUACGAUUCCAACUUAUACAAAAUGUUUAACGUUUUAUUGUACCCUGAAGAAGAGGAAGAAGAGGAAGAAGUAAUUCGUAGAGGUGGGACUGGGCAAGAAGAAGAGAGAUAUGUGGAACCGGAGAAUACAUUGAAGGAGGUGGCCCCUGUAUUGACAAUACUGUUCAAUGAACUGGAAACUAACACGGAAUCAGUGACUCUCCCAAAUGGUGUAGAUAUGCCACUUGAGUUCUACCCUCAACUUUACACUAAGCGUUGUAAAGAUCAACUAAUUAGACAUAUUAUUUCUAAGAGAAAGCAAGCUCGCGUCAGGUCCAGAUAUCUGCUCGAAGAGAUUAGCGCUUUGAAAAGUUACCAAGGCAAAAAUACAUUCACCAUCUUGGAGUCGACGCUAGCUUAUCUUCAAGAAAGCCCCGAUGAUGCUAAUAACGAAGCUGCAAGCCAAAUUGCGUCAUUGAAAGACACAUUAAAUUCUAUGAGAUCCGCUAAAAUGGAGGAAUAUAAGGAUUUGGCUUCCAAGUUGCAUGGAGAAUGGAACCUUUCGCAUCCAGAGACUCAUAUAAUUAACACUGCAAAACAACUGGGGUUGAUCGAAAAUCCUUACGUUCUCACCAUGGCAGCAAUAUCCCCAUAUUCAUACUUCAUCAGAAACAGGAACGGAGUGUGGUCCUGGAUACAAAGUAAUACAUUAGGAACAGAAUUCAAGGUAAACAAAUGUUCCUCUGCUUCCGUUGUUCAAGAAGCCAUUAGACAUGGCACGAAGUACGCAAGUGAAAUGCCGCUGAUGUUUAUAUACUGCGAGGAGGGUAAAAUUCCCACCGAAGAAGUAGUCGAGAAAGCCUUGGACAGCAAUAACGGUUGUUCGAAAUUUGCUAAGGAUGAUCAGAGUUCUUUAAGAACUUUACAUUCGCAAUUUAUCGAUGGUAUCGACAACGCUGAGCAAAGCACUGACAAUAUUACUAAUAGUAACGAUUAUGAUAACAACAAUGACCUUGACUCUGAUGAUUAG